AGGAGCCGCCCCGCCGCCGUCGGCCUGCCUGCGUCCCUCGGAGGCUCCCCACCAGGCCCCAGGCAGGAUGCUCGGGGGCCACCUUCCCAACCCAGACCGGGACCUGGCCGCGGGCCCAGGGCCUGCCCCCACCCCCCACUGUCAGGGCCCCGAGAAGGGCCCUGUGCUUCCCUUCAGCAUUCCGGCGAAGAUGUGCGGUGAGGACCCACGAGCUGGGGCCGAGCCCAUCACCCCACGGCCUCCAGCCAGGCCCAGGCUGGAACGAGCCCUGUCCCUGGACGACAGGGGCUGGAGGACGAGGCGUUUGCCCAGCAGCCAGGAGGACCUGGCUGCCCUUGGUGAGGCCAACUCCUCCAGGGGGCCGGUGCAGGAGGCCCCCCAGCGCCCUGCCCACAGUCCAUCUCCGCCUGGGCUGAGCGCCUCCUUGCAGGACAUUCCUAAGUCCCGCAGGGCCCCAGGCAGCAGGGGCAAGAGCCCGUCCUCUUGGGGUAACUGCCCCUCUGGGCUGGCUGGCAGCUACCUAGACUUCCUGCACAAAGACUCCACCUUGACCAGGAGCUCCCCCAGGCUGACCAGCAUGCUGCCCCUUCGCCCCCUGUCUGCCGUGGAUCUGGACAUGGCCUCCAACUCCCUGAGGACGUCUGACAAGGUGGAGGCAGGUCAUGCGGACUACCCGCACCGCGUCCAGACCAGGCUGGUCCGUGCCCACAGCAGCCUCGGCUCAGGCCAGCCCCGGAGCCCCCUGGCCUGUGAUGACGGCUCCCUGCGCUCCGCCACGUCCACUGUCAGUCUCCUGGCUCCAAUCCGCACCAAGGACGUGCGGAGCAGGAGCUACCUCGAGGGGAGCCUGCUGGCCAGCGGGGCCCUGCUGGGUGCAGAUGAGCUGGCCCGCUACUUCCCAGACCGCAGCAUGGCCCUGUUCGUGGCCACCUGGAACAUGCAGGGUCAGAAGGAGCUUCCACCAAGCCUGGACGAGUUCCUGCUGCCCACGGAGACCGACUAUGCCCAGGACCUGUAUGUGGUUGGCGUCCAGGAGGGCUGCUCCGACAGGCGUGAGUGGGAGGCACGGCUGCAGGAGACACUGGGCCCACACUACGUGCUGCUGAGCUCGGCGGCCCACGGGGUGCUGUACUUGUCCCUGUUCAUCCGCAGAGACCUCAUCUGGUUCUGCUCAGAGGUGGAGAGCUCCACGGUGACCACGCGCAUCGUGUCUCAGAUCAAGACCAAGGGGGCGCUGGGCAUCAGCUUCACCUUCUUCGGCACCUCCUUCCUCUUCAUCACCUCUCACUUUACCUCCGGGGACGGGAAGGUGCCGGAGCGGCUCCUGGACUAUAGCAGGACCAUCCAGGCCCUGGCCCUGCCUAGGCAUGUGCCGGACACCAACCCCUACCGCUCCAGCACAGCGGAUGUCACCACCCGGUUCGAUGAGGUGUUCUGGUUUGGUGACUUCAAUUUCCGCCUGAGUGGGGGGCGCGCGACCGUGGAGGCCCUCCUGCAGCAGGGCCUGGAGGUGGGCGUGCCGGCUUUGCUGCAGCACGACCAGCUCCUCCGAGAGAUGAGGAAAGGGCUUCCAGGAGCCUGACAUCCACUUCCCCCCUUCAUACAAGUUUGACGUCGGGAAGGACACCUACGACAGCACCUCCAAGCAGAGGACCCCCUCAUACACGGACCGGGUCUUAUACAAAAGCCGCCACAAGGGUGACAUCUGUCCGCUGAAGUAUGCCUCCUGCCCAGGGAUCAAGACCUCUGACCACCGUCCCGUGUAUGGCCUGUUCCGGGUCAAAGUGCGGCCUGGACGAGACAACAUCCCGCUCGCUGCUGGCAAGUUUGACCGAGAGCUGUACCUACUGGGGAUUAAACGGCGCAUUUCAAAGGAACUUCAGAGGCAGCGUGUGCUGAGAGACCGGAACUCCAGUGCCAUCUGCACCGUCUCCUGAUGUGUCUGCACUGCGGUUGUGCCAGCUGCGCGCGAGGGAGGUGACACUCCCUGCAAGACCGUGCUCGCCGGCAGCACCCACACUCCACUGCACAGAUGGAGCCUCACUGUCAGGAUGGGUGUGGGCCCCACAGGGCUGUGUUCUGCUGGGUUUCCUGAGCAGCCCCUGCCCCCGGGGAGGGCACAUUCACAGCCCUGCACUUUACACCCAGGCUCCAGCAGGGGAGCCCCCAGCCCACCCACUUCCUCUGUCCCCUUAGCAGUAGGAAGCCAGGCGGUGUGGACCUGGGAGCGUUUUGGUGAUUUCAGGAUAGUUGCGUUUGUCGCAUGGUCACAGAAUGAUGUCACAGGAGUGCUGCGGCCCCCGGCCCAUGCACUGGGACGCCUGGCACACCACCCAUUAGCCUGGGCUGGCAUUGGCCCUGCCCCUGCUCAUAGCCCGGCCCACCCCGUGGCCAUGAGUGUAAAGCCUAGGGACAUUCAAUCUAGUCUUUAUUUUCCAUGUUGAUAUUUUUAAAUAAAUGUCUAUGUUGGAUCUUAAA